GUGUGACUGGCUGUCGGGGCGGCAUCAGCAGCAGCAGCAGCAGCAGCGGGCUGAGGGAGACGGAGAAGGAGGAACGCGGGCAGGCUGCAUCAUGGCGGACAGAGACAGCGGCAGUGAGCUCGGAGGAUUCGCCACGGGCCCCGGCGGUGGCGGCGGUGGCGGAGGCGGCCCCGGAGGAGGCGGCGGUGGCGGUGGCGGUGGCGGCAGCGGCAGCGGCAGCGGCCUGGGCCUCGCGCACCCGGGCGCCGUGGGCGCAGCGUCGCGCCUGCAGCACGACACCGAGGAGCUGGCGUCGAAGCGCGUCGACAUCCAGAACAAGCGCUUUUACCUGGACGUGAAGCAGAACGCGAAAGGUCGCUUCCUGAAGAUCGCCGAGGUCGGCGCCGGCGGCAACAAGAGUCGCCUCACGCUCUCCAUGUCCGUGGCCGUGGAGUUUCGGGACUAUCUGGGCGACUUCAUCGAGCACUACGCGCAGCUGGGGCCCAGCCACCCGGACACGGCGCAGGACGAGCCGCGGCGCGCGCUUAAGAGCGAGUUCUUGGUGCGCGAGAAUCGCAAGUACUACAUGGACCUGAAGGAGAACCAGAGGGGCCGCUUCCUGAGGGUCCGGCAGACCGUGAACCGGGGGCCCGGCCUGGGCACGGCGCAGGGCCAGACUAUCGCGCUGCCGGCGCAGGGGCUCAUCGAGUUCCGUGACGCGCUCGCCAAGCUCAUCGACGACUACGGCGUGGACGAGGAGCCCGCCGAGCUGCCCGAGGGCACGUCGCUCGCCGUGGACAACAAGCGUUUCUUUUUCGACGUGGGCGCCAACAAGUACGGCGUGUUUAUGCGCGUGAGCGAGGUGAAGCCCGCCUACCGCAACUCCAUCACGGUGCCGUGCAAAGUGUGGUCCAAGUUCGGCGCCACCUUCUGCAAGUACGCCGACGAGAUGAAGAGGAUCCAGGAGCGGAGCAGGGAGCGGAGGGCGCGCGAGCUCCUGCCCGAGGGCCUGCACGGGGACGACGGGGACGAGGAUUAACCGGGGCACGAGGAGGAUAAGGAGGAGGAGGGGGGGGGCGUGUGUAAGUGUGUGAUGCUUAUCCGCGAGGACGGAGACGUUCAAAAGACAGAAAACACGUGAAGAAAGAACGAAUGACAAUGUAAACAAACAUUGCUGCACAAGAAAGGCAUGUGGCGGAGUUUGAACCUUCACGGAGGCGUUGGGUUUUUUCCCCACCUGUAUUCCGACAAACGCCGCCUCCUGCGCUACGAGUGGUCAGUUGUGUCCAGGCCCCUGCGUUGGAACUGGCCAGAAGCAGCGCUCUUCCUGGUCUACCAGUGGCUAGUAGGAUCCUCCUGCGUUGGAAUUGGCUGAUAGGAUCAUUCUCGCGCUGGGAUUGGCUGCUUGUGUCUUGCCUCAUGUGCUACGAUUGGCUAGUAGUGUCCUGCUCGCUGUGCUAGGAUUAGCCUGGAUCUCGCGUCCUGCGCUGUGAUUGGCUCAUAGUUCAUGCUUGCAAGCAGUCCACCGAAAGUGUGAAGUACUGGCCCGUUUUAGCGCAGGCGGCGGGGUUUGCCGGAAUACGGGUAGGGAAAAAAAUAACACGGACUUAGAGCUGCAUCUAUUGCCCCAUGGCCUGGAUUUAAACCCACUUCCUCACCACAGAACAAUAAGCCGCUGCUAUCAGUACCACAGUGAUGGUCCACAUGUCCAUAGGUGGAGUGUCCUUCCCCAUGCCCCCCCAUUUGCUCUGUACACGUCCAAGCUAUUGCAGCACGGUUCCAAAGUGUGAAUUGGAAAAAAUGUGCUUAGUGCUACCGUUUGACUUCCAGCACAAAAAGCUACUGUAUGUAGGAAUCAUCUGAACCAAAAUUGUAAUUAAAACGAAUCUAGAUUGGGAGGUACAAGUAGGAUUAAGCACUGCUUGCACUGGCGUGCACCACAGCAGAAGACUGAGCACGGACCGCAAGCCCCUCUGCCCGAGCGAGUGAAGGGCAACUGAGGAAAACUGAAAGUGUGUCCUCACUCUUUUGUCCUUUUUUGAAACUUAGAGAGAGAAAAAAAGCAAAUGGGACAGUUUCCAUGAGCUGUUCCACUAAGCAGAACGCAGAGAGGCUUUGCUAUUACGACCGCUAAACGUUUAUUUCUAUUAAAUAUAUCAACCCUAUUGCACCAUGCACAGCAAAAUCCCCAGGAAUGAACCCUACAGUGGUGAUCCAACACCUGCAGUGUCCACUCGAGUCCAGCUGGACACACGUGGACACUGUAAAGAGUCCAUUCAGCAACCGGGGCCUUUGCUGUGCGCCCACUGGCGUUUGGGCACGUUUCAUUCAAGUGCUAACUUAGAACUACAAAUUUAUGAUUUUGUGAAUCAGAUGUAUUUAGAUUCUUAUAUAAAAAAUGCCCACGUUUUCUGUGGGGACUUUGUUUUGUUUGUUUGUUUUGUUUUGUU